CCGUCAAACUGUAUCAAAUUCUAAUCAUUUUUGUUUUUUUUCUAAAUGUUAUAACAAAAUUAUAGGAAAAUCUCAACAGUUACAGUAAAUGGAUGGAUUUAUGUUUUUUGGCGGUGUUGGAAGUCUAGCAAUAGCUGGACUUUGUUAUUCUGCCUACAGAAAUAUACAAGAUGCCGCAAGUCACCUCAAGAACACAGAAUCACUAGAUGUUGGUAAAGCUCUGUUAAAGAAAAUUGAAAAAGCUCCUAACCAUACGCUGGAUUAUGUUGCAAUCCGUGGUAAUGCAAAAGCUCUUGAGUCAACAUUACCAACCAGCAAUGUGCCGUCAGCCAAGGUUCUAAUUCAGAAAUUAACUUUAUAUGAACAUAAAGUAGAGUGGGUAAAAUCAUCAAAACUAUGGCAUGACACAACACGUACCAUCAGCUCAGUUGUGAAUCAUGUUCCCUUUUCGUUGAACGCUUCAAGACACAGUGUGACUAUAGAUGAACCACUUUCUGCAUCCGGUUUAGAGUUAAACAGAAUCUAUAGCAAAUAUGAACCUGUUGACCCACGUUCAAUCUCAACAAGUCUUGUCCAAUGGGUCAGCGGUGAGAAGACUAAAGGAAUCCAAACAAUUGAGGACGGUUUGCUUGAAGGAACCUCGCUCACUGCUGUAGGGAAAAUUACACUUCGAAAUGGUAUUUUAAAAAUGAGACCUCCAGAGAAUGAAGAAUACAUUCUAAGCAAACUACCGCUGGAUGGAAUCAUACGGGAGAAGACAAAAUCUCUUCGUAUAUGGAAAUAUGUUACAAUGAGCUUCGCAUUUGCAGGUGGGGUGUUGCUCUUAAUCUGGUUUUAUCGGUGGUGGAGAAAAAGAAGGAGAAGGUGGCAGGCAGCACCACAGGCAGCACCACGUAGAGACGACAUGGAUAGGGUCAUUCAUCUAGUGCUAAGUGGUGGAGAGACGUCUGAAGCUGGAGAGGGACAGUCUUGUGUGAUUUGUCUGACAAGACCUCGGAAUGUUGUAAUUUUAGAUUGCGGACAUAUAUGUGCAUGUAGAGAAUGUUUACGUCAGGUGAACAACUGUCCCAUUUGUAGAGCAGAAAUUGUGCGACUUGUGCCAACUUAUCAGAGUUGACAUAAUUUUUCUAUGUACAGAUAUUUUUGAGAGAAAUAAAAUUCACAUGAUAUAA